UGACAGUAUUGUUCCCGAUGUGCUUUGCGAGGUGAGGCUGGUCCGAGAAGCUAAGAUGACCGAUUUUGAUGAGCCGCUCUCCGAAGAGGAGAAGGUGCGCAUAGCAGCCAACUUUGUGACCCAUGCUCCACCUGGAGAGUUCAACGAAGUCUUCAAUGAUGUGCGACUCCUCCUCAACAAUGACAAUCUUCUCCGAGAAGGGGCGGCACAUGCCUUUGCCCAGUACAACAUGGAUCAGUUCACUCCUGCCAAACUGCCCGGCUCCGAUGAGAUGGUGCUGAUCACGGAGCACGGGGACCUUGGCCAGGGUCGGUUCUUUGACCCGCGUAGCCAGGUAUCGUUCCGCUUCGACCACCUGCGUAAGGAGGCGAGCGAGCCGGCGGCGCACGAGGGGGAGGGGGGGCUGAAGGCGUGGCGGGACGCCUGUGACUCCGCCCUCUCCGCCUACGUCAAGGAGCACUACCCCAGCGGCGUGAGCACCGUCUACGGCAAGACGGUGGACGGACAGCAGACCAUCGUCGCCUGCAUCGAGGGACACCAGUUCCAGCCCAAGAACUUCUGGAAUGGGCGCUGCAGGUCAGAGUGGAAGAUGACUCUUAGCCAGUCCUCCGCUCAGGUGGUGGGGGUCCUCAAGAUCCAGGUGCAUUACUAUGAGGAUGGGAAUGUGCAGCUAGUCAGCCACAAGGAGGUGGAGGAAUCGGUCAUCGUGACUAAUGAAGCUGCCACCGCCAAGGAGUUUGUAAAAGUCAUUGAGAAUGCAGAGAACGAUUAUCAGACGGCGAUCAGUGAGAACUACCAGACCAUGUCGGACACCACCUUCAAGGCCCUGCGACGCCAGCUGCCCGUCACGCGCACCAAGAUCGACUGGAACAAGAUCCUCAGCUACAAGAUCGGAAAGGAGAUGCAGAACGCCUAGAACCGGGCCGGAACCUCCCCCCCCACCCCAGCCCUGCUCUGCUCCGACCCUGCCCCCCCCUCCUCCCCCCCCCUCAGAUGGGAACGCUUUGGACCGCCUCGCUCGGGGGGGAGGGGGGGGUGAGGGGUGGUGGUGGAGGGGGGGUUGCAUCGACGGAAGGCUCACCUUAGGGAAACAUGUAGGAACUCUUGUGUGUAAAUGUGUUUGUGUGAGAGAGUAGGGGUGGAGAGGGGGUGAUGGGGUGGGGGUGGGGGGGCAAUUAUGGACUGGAUUUGGAUCUGGUAGCUGUUCUCAUGUCUCAUGCUGUAAUUUGUUUAAAAACAACCAGUGCAAGGUCUGAACACAAGUUACACGCCAAGAGUGUGCUCUCUUUUUUUGUGUGCGUGUGUGUGUGUGUGUGAACGAGCGAGCGAGAGAGAGAAAGAGAGAGUGUGUGUGCGUGUUUGUGCUCAGGGGCUGACAUCUAAGCCUCCUAUUAGCCAGCGGUAGCUCUUCUCGUUUACUCUCUCCCUUUCUCUCGCUCUAUCGUUCCUCUCUGUCUCUCUCUCCCUCUCUCUCUCUCUCUCUCUCUCUCUCUCUCUCUCUCUCUCUCUCUAUCCCACAUUCUCCAUCUGUAUCUUAAGUUACCUCUGCUUUUUCUAACUGACUCACCCAGCAAAGGAAACUUGCAGUAACCAAAAUAACGUUUUUGCAAAAAAAAAACAAGAAAAA